CGUAAUUGCAAGAUUCCUAAUUUUCGCGGAUCUCAUCAUAUCUGUAAAAUCGCAGCAUUUAAAAUAUCCUUUUGAUAAUAUUUAUUUAUUUUUCCUGAUAUUCAACUUCUCGGCCUUCUUCUUCAAGGAAAUUUUGAGCCUUAAUUUCGAUAGCUCCCCAAGAAAUUGGGAUUGGUUUCUUGUUGAAGGAAGGGAAAUCGGUGACAGCAGAUAUGCAAAGCCAGCUCGUUUGCAGCGGGUGUAGGAGCAUUCUUCUUUAUCCUAGAGGGGCUACAAAUGUUUGCUGUGCAUUAUGUAAUACAAUCACCCAAGUCCCUCCCCCUGGGCUGGAAAUGGCUCAACUCAUAUGUGGGGGGUGUCGAACAUUGCUAAUGUAUACACGUGGAGCAACAAGUGUAAGAUGCUCUUGCUGUAACACUGUUAACUUUGCAACAGCAUCAUCCAACCAGAUAUCUCAUAUCAACUGUGGGCACUGCCAUACAACACUAAUGUAUCCGUAUGGAGCUCCAUCAGUCAAAUGUGCUGUCUGUCAAUAUGUUACUAAUGUUGGCAUGGGCAAUGUAAGGGUUUCGCUUCCAGCAAGCAGGACGAAUGCUACAGGGACUAAACCAUCUACUUUUGCAAGCCAAACAGUCGUCAUUGAGAAUCCCACGUCUGUCGAUGAGAGUGGCAAAUUGGUGAGCAAUGUGGUGGUUGGCGUAACGACCGACAAGAAAUGAUCCGAUGUUGGUUUUUAUUGUUAUUUUUGGCUUUCAUUUGAGGAGAAUGGAAACAAACAUGGUUAUUAUUGCAGGGCAAUUAGUUGUGUAUAUGGUGUUGAAAAUGGAAAUCAUUAACAUUUGUCCAUUAUCCGUUCAUGAUGAGGUAGGGAAAUGUGAUGUUGUACAUUGUGUACGAGAGA